UCACAGGAGAGCGUGGAAAACACGCGAUGUUUGAAGAGACUUCUGUCGUAAACCCCAUUUAACUGUUUAACUCUCACUCACCGGGCUUUAUCGCUACAUAACAUUCAUAUUUAUUUAGUGGGGCCGACGAAGAUUUUUUUUACGUAAACGACGAAGAUGCAGCCUGCAACAGCUAAAUGGUAUGACAGACGAGACUCUGUUUUUGUAGAGUUCUGCGUGGAGGACAGUAAAGAUGUGAAAAUAAAAUUCAACAAAUCAAAAUUUGAUUUUAGCUGUGUCAGUGGAACAGAUGAUCUCAAACACCACAAUGCAGUUGAGCUUUUUGGGGAAAUUGACUCCAAAGAAUCCAAGCACAGGCGCACUGACAGGUCUGUGUUGUGCUGUUUACGAAAAGCCGAGGUUGGAAAGUCAUGGCCAAGACUUACCAAAGACAAGGCAAAGUGCAAGUGGCUGAGUGUGGAUUUCAAUAAUUGGAAAGACUGGGAAGACGAUUCAGAUGAAGACAUGUCAAGUUUUGACAAAUUUUCAGAGAUGAUGAACAGCAUGGGCGGUGAUGAUCUACCCGAUUUAGAUGGAGCAGAUGAAGAGCAUGAUUCUGCAGACAGCGAUGAUGAAAAAAUGCCGGACCUUGAGUAGACGCACAUGGAGACAUGUCAGUAGUUAAAGUGAAUCUAUCGAAGACGGAGACUAGACCUACGUUGGAGAAGAAUUUUUCUACUCAGUUUCCAAAGCGACUCUCUUCAAGGGAGUGACAGAGAGUGACUAUUUGAUACAGAAAUGCACAGACAUCCAUAGCAACAUUCAGUGCUGUGCUUUGACGUUUUGUUCUGCAUGGACAGUCAUGUUCAAAUGAAAAUGUUAUUGUUCCUUGACUUAAUUGACUGUAAUGGGAUGUGCUGAUGUCUUACACCUUAUCUCUCCGUUUCCUUUGCAAUGUUAGAUUAUGUAUUAAACAUUGUGAUUUAUCAUAAGACAACAACAAAAAAGCUCAAAAUGCAUAUUUUCCAACAAGGUAGUGUUUUUUUUAAAUUGUUUUAAAUUUAUUUUAUUUUUUAAAUAACAGAUUUCCACCUUUUAAUGUUUGUAUUGUAAAUUACACUUAUGUUAAUUUAAAAGGCAAGAGUUCUGCUUUAAAUGGUUUGUCCAGUGUAAACCAACAUUUGCAAAUAUUUAACAAUGAUUUCUUUUUUUUUUUUUAAACAAUGUUUCAGCAUUUAAAAUAAACACAUGCUUGUGCAACUUGGUUUCUGUUGAGGUUGUGGUAGUGGAGUGAUGAUACAUUAUUUUCAGAGUACAGCUUUUGAGAAGGUGUAUUCCCUCCCCCCUCUCUGUGGUACAAUAUGGAAAAUCAAACAGUUGUAGGUUGAUUUGGAAAAACCAAACAACUAUUUCCAUAUCCCUACUGAAGUGAUACAUCCCACUUAGUCUGUGAAUAAUUACCCACACACCUUAUAAAUGUUUAUGACAUGCCACAAAGAAUGCUUUGGGCGCUCUUGUUUUGACUUGUCAGACACCUCAGUGUUUGUCUAAUGCAGCGAGACUAUAAAAAUACAUUUCUAAUAAACUUUAACCUUGGUUAAACUG